GAAUGAAAGAAGCUUUGUUGACAAGUGUUGGAAGGAUGUACGUGUUGGAGACUUUGUCAAGCUGUUCUGUAAUGAGAUCAUCCCAGCGGACAUCCUGCUUCUCUAUUGCUCCGAUCAGAAUGGUAUCUGCCACAUAGAAACUGCUAACCUGGAUGGAGAGACAAAUCUAAAGCAAAGACAAGUAGUCAAAGGCUUUUCAAAUCAAGACACUCAAUUUGACCCUGAAUCAUUUAGAUAUACUAUUGUCUGUGAAAAACCAAACAACAACCUCAGCAAAUUCAAAGGCUACAUGGACCAGCCUAAUGGGCAGAAAACUGGAUUUGGAACAGAAAGUCUUCUUCUGCGGGGAUGCACAGUUCGAAACACAGAGGAGGCAGUUGGUGUAGUUGUUUAUGCAGGGCAUGAGACCAAGGCAAUGUUGAACAACAGCGGUCCACGAUACAAGCGCAGCAAAAUUGAAAGACACAUGAAUAUCAAUGUUUUCUUCUGUGUGGGCAUCCUUUUCAUCAUGUGUCUAAUUGGAGCUCUAGGGCAUGGCAUUUGGUAUGGAAAAUUUAUUAUACAUCCACUAUUUGAUGUUCCAAAUCCUGAUGGAAGUUAUCUUCCUCCAGCACUCGCUGGUUUCUAUAUGUUUCUGACCAUGAUCAUCUUACUACAGAUCUUAAUUCCAAUUUCACUCUAUGUGUCGAUUGAGAUGGUGAAACUGUGUCAGAUUUAUUUCAUCCAUAAUGACAUUGAUUUAUAUGAUGAAGAGAUUGAUUUAUCUGUACAAUGUCGGGCAUUAAAUAUCACAGAAGACCUUGGCCAGAUCCAGUACAUUUUCUCUGACAAAACAGGAACUCUGACGGAGAACAAAAUGGUUUUUCGCAGGUGUACAAUUGUAGGAAAUGAAUACUCUCAUCAAGAAAAUGCCAAGCGUCUAGAAACUUACAAAGAAGAGGACUCAGAUGACGAAGAUUUAGCAAAACUCAGAAACUUUUCCUUGCUUGACCUUGAGGCUGGAAAUCAGUCCACCGUGAGGCAUAAAGGCACACGGGCUUUGAGACGAUGCCAAAGUGCUCGACCUAAUAUCCAAGGGCAUUUUAGGAAAAAAUCAGAAGGACGUUUUGAUAUUUCACAGGUGGCAUUUAGCAGCCCCAUUGAAAAAGACGUGACCCCGGAUCAGAUGCUGUUAAAGAAGGUCAGAGAAGCUUCAGUCCAAAUUGAAACUCUAUCUUCCUUCAAGACACAGAGCAGCGCCAGACCUUCAGAUUCUCCCUACAUCGAUUUCUUCUUGGCGUUAGCCAUUUGUAAUACAGUGGUUGUCUCCACAGCAACGGAGCCAAGGCAGAGGGUUACUAUGGCUCCAUUACUAAAGCCAUCCGCUUCAUCUUUGGAGAAGUUUCAGCAUCUUUUUCAAAGGCUUAAAUUACUAAGUCAGUCUUCUAACUCCAGUCCAACUAGUUCUGACCCUGAAACUCCUUCCAGCUCUAAGAAGAAUAAAAUUAGUCCUGACAACGUGUCCCGAUCUAGCAAUGGAGAAACUGAAAACCAAAGCAGUGGGAAAGAUGACUCUUCAGCAAGUAAAAACAGCACUGACAACUGUAUUGAGGAGAUGUAUGCCACUGUUGCUCCAUUCCAUAUAGAAGAUGAGUUCUGUUAUGAAGCAGAAAGUCCUGAUGAGGCUGCAUUGGUUCAUGCUGCUAGAGCAUACAGCUUUACCCUAAUGUCCCGCACCCCAGACCAGGUGACAGUGAGACUCCCACAGGGGACACUUCUCACUUUUGAACUUUUAUACACUUUGGGCUUUGACUCUGUCAGAAAGAGAAUGUCAGUGGUGGUUCGUCAUCCAAUUACAAGAGAAAUUAUUGUGUACACUAAAGGCGCUGAUUCUGUCAUCAUGGAUAUACUAGAUGACCCUGCCAGAGCUAAUAUAAAUGAUGAGAAGAAGCUACGGAAAAUACAGUCAAGAACUCAGAGGCACCUAGACUGGUAUGCAAGGGAUGGUCUGAGAACACUGUGCAUUGCUAAAAAGGUGUUAAGUGAGGAAGAUUUUGAGCGAUGGUCAAACUUUCGGGAAGAAGCUGAAGCAGCAAUAGAUAAUAGAGAAGAAUUACUCAUGGAAACCGCCCAACAUCUGGAAACAAAGCUCACCCUUCUUGGUGCAACUGGCAUAGAGGAUCGCCUUCAGGAAGGGGUUCCAGACACCAUAGCUGCCUUGAGAGAAGCCGGUAUAAAUAUCUGGGUGCUGACUGGUGACAAACAAGAAACUGCCAUUAAUAUUGCCUACUCCUGCCAACUUCUGGACCAGAGUGAUAUGGUUUUUACAAUCAAUACUGAGAGCAAGGAAACAUGUGAGUCCAUAAUAGACUGCACUUUGGAGGAGAUAAAAAAUAUUUCCCCUGAGAAAAAGAAGAAGCAUCUCUUCAAAAGGCAGAGGUCACAAACUGCUCCUGAGCCGGAGAUGGCUCAGCCUGAAGUUGGGCUGGUGAUUGAUGGAAGGACAUUAAAUGGGAUUUUCCAAGGAGGCUUAGAGGCAAAAUUUUUGGAGCUGACAAAGCAUUGUCGCUCUGUUUUAUGCUGCCGUGCUACACCUCUACAAAAAAGCAUGGUUGUCAAACUAGUACGGGACAAGUUAAACGUCAUGACACUUUCCAUAGGUGAUGGUGCCAAUGAUGUCAGUAUGAUUCAGGCUGCAGAUAUUGGUAUUGGAAUUUCAGGUCAAGAAGGCAUGCAGGCUGUGAUGUCCAGCGAUUAUGCAAUAUCUCGAUUCAAGCAUCUCAAGAAGCUAUUACUUGUACAUGGUCAUUGGUGCUACACUCGGUUGGCAAAAAUGGUUAUCUAUUUCUUCUACAAAAAUGUGGCUUACGUCAACCUGCUGUUUUGGUUCCAGUUCUUUUGUGGCUUUUCAGGUGCUACCAUGAUUGAUUACUGGCAAUUGAUCUUUUUCAACCUCUUGUUCACUUCUGUACCUCCGCUUAUCUUUGGCAUACUGGAUACGGAUGUUUCUGCAGAGACCCUUAUGAGCUUGCCUGAACUUUACAAAAGUGGUCAGCGUUCAGAGUCAUACAAGAUGUCUACCUUUUGGAUUGCCAUAUUAGAUGCCUUCUACCAGAGUCUUGUUUGCUUCUUCGUCCCCUAUUUUACAUUCUACAAAUCUGAUAUAGACAUUUUUUCAUUUGGCAUGCCCAUGAACACAAUAGCCCUUCUUACUAUUAUUUUACAUCUUGCUAUUGAGAUAAACAAUUGGACCAUCCUGCACUGGAUUACCAUUUUUGGAAGCGUUGUUCUGUAUUUUGUCAUUUCCUUGGCCUAUAAUGCCAUGUGUGUUUUAUGUGAGGUGCCAAGUCCCUAUUGGGUCAUGGAAAAACAAAUGUCUGAAGCCCCUUUCUACCUACUUUGCAUUAUUACUCCAGUUAUUGCUCUGUUGCCAAAGUAUUUCAUCACAGCCCUGCGAGGUACUUGUAGAGUGACACCUACUAUCGAAGCUCAUAAGCUUGAUAAAUUAAGUAAGGAAGCAAGAGAGCUAAAAAUACAGGAGUGGAAGGAAAGACGCCAAAGUGCUGCAAUGGCAUCCAAUCCUAGCAAUACAACUCUGAAUAGCAGUUUACCAGCAACUCCACAAACAGUGCUUCACAAUGUAUGUUCACCCAGCCAUGAGGACAUCCUGCAUAAUUCUUAUAGGGAGACGGACACUUCAAGGUUACAUCUGCCAAAGCCUAUGCCCAGCGCAGUUUCCCCAUCUAAAGGUGUGGCAGAUCUUUUGAGGGACACAGAAGAAUUUACUAGAGCUAAUCAUCGCAGAUCAGUUAGCACCGUGACUGUUUAA